UUUAGUCUUGUUUAUGCCGGCUAACAUGCAACAUAAGCGUCGUCGUUGUCGUGUUUCAAAUCGCGCGCAGCAAAUAUUGUUAUCGUCGCCGUAAGUGCAAAACGUUGCCAAUCGUUGUCGUCGCAGCAACAGCAAUAGCAAUAGAAAAAGUAAUAGUCGUCGUCAUCGUUGUCAACCUAGCCGUCGUAUCGUCACCAACGUCAAUUGCUGUCGCCUUUGUCUGCGGAGUGGAGUAGAGUUGUGUGGCAACGUCCAAAUGUACAACAACCGUUCGCUCGUUGCUAAAUAAGUGCAAAAUCCACUAGUUACUAACCUAAAGAGCUGAAAAAGUUAAAAAGAGUGAAAAAAUCAAGUGUGAGGCAAGGAAAUUAAAGAAAACGAAAAAAAAGAUUAAAUCAGCGGCAAAUUGUUGGUUAGUGAGAGUCUAUAAUUGCAGUGUAAACAGUCGGUAGCCACACCGCCAUAAAGUGGUAUUAGUAGUAGUCGCCGCAGCAGCUACAGCAACAGCAACAGCAACAACAGCAAAGUCAGACACAGUGAGCAGCGCGUGAUGCAUGCGUACGCUUUUGGGCCAAGUCAAGAGCAACGAGAUACAGUCAGACGUUUCGGCAUCUAGUUUCCGCAUGCAGUAAAAGCCGGUUAGACCGAGAAUUAAAGGUUAGCGAAAAUAAAAAUAAGAAAGUGCUUGAAAGAUUUUCAACAGCGUUUAGUUAAAAAUAAAAGAGUGCCAUUAGAUAACCAAGCGAGGUGAAGAGGUUCAUGUGUAAUACAGCAAGAAGCCGGUAAGCGUGAGUGUAGUGUUCUACGCGGUCAGUUAAUGGGCCAACCAGUUUCAAUGUAAAGUCACAUAAAAAUAUUUUCCAGCUACGAGCCGGCAAUAAUAAAGUACAUAGAUUCAGUGCAAGCGCACUACUUUGCGCUUUUGAUUUAAAUCGCAUACACAUGCGCUACGUAUGGUUGUGUAUGUAUCCUAUGUUUGCAUGAAAAUUCUUCAUAUUGGCUGAAGCAGCAAAAGAAAAAUAGUCUCUAAUCGAGUUAAUAUCAACAGUGCCGGAGCCAGCAAGCACGUCAAUAGACUGAUAGCGUUGUAUGCAAAAAAAGCAACAACAAGCAAACGUAUACGCGCACAAGCAGCUGCUGGACGGUACAAAGAAAAAGUAAAUAAAAUAUAAGAAAUUUAAAAGUACACAACAACAGCAAUAACAAUAACAUUAAACAGUGUGCUGCCAACGUUUUGUGUGUGUAUGUGUGAGCUAGCAGGUGAUAUGCGGUGAUAACCGCCGGUAGCAGUGACGGCAAGUGCAAGUAACAACAAAACAGUGCGUUGGAGAAAACAUUGAAUCAAAUGUAUGGCAAAAACAAAUACAAAUAAUUACAAAAGAAAAGUGUGCAAGUCAAACACAGGCGUCAGAAGUUGCUCAACACACACAGCUAUAUAUGUUUGCAAGUGUGAGUGCUCAUGAAAAAACUACGUAGAUAAUAACAAUAUAAAUUCAAAAAAAAAAAAUUAAAAGUAAAAAUUAAAUAAAGUUAAGAAGACUGCUUGCAUUGCAGCUCUAAAAAGGCAACUUGCUCCCUGGCAACGCGUUUAUUUUUGGAAAUAUUAUCGCUGUUGACCAAAAAAAAAAAAAACUUUAAGGAAUUAAAAAUUCUCUAAGUUAUCAAACAUGUUCUGCGAAUCAUAAAAAAUUACAGUGUAAAAAGCAAAAUCAGGAAAAUUUUUUUUUUAUAAAUUUACCAUAAUUCGUCUUAAUUUUUAGUAAGUGCUCAGAAGUGUCAAAAAUUACCCGUUAUAAACGAAAUUGUGCAGCAUGUGUCAACAAUAAAUUUUAAUACAAUUUCAUUCCACUGUCUAGACGCCUACAUAUUAUACUUCGCUUUAUUUUCGAAUUAUUAAUGCAAACGCUUACUUAUGUAUGCCUGUGUAUGCGUGUGUUCGUUUGAUCGGCGCAGAUGUUUGAUUGGUGCUUUAUUAAUUUUAGCUGAAAUUUUAAUUAAAAACAAAACAUAAGUAAAAAAACGUGAGCAAAAACAGCAACAAAAUUUAAAGAGUCAAAAUUGAAAUGGGAUAAGUAAAAAUUAACACAUAAAUAGUAUACAAAAUUUAAAUAAAAGUCAGCAAGUGACCACAAUCGCGAAAGUCACAUACAUACCUACUUAAGUAACGGAGAAGUUAUGCGCCAACUUUAAAAUAAUUUAUUUUAAUUUUGCGGUUGGCAAAUAUCAGUUGGAUUUUCUUUAAACUCAGCAACAGCAGCGUGCACGCUUCAAAUUAGCCGAGAAGGCACAACCAUUGUCAACCAAAAUACAGUGAAUUCGUUAGAAAAACGAAAAAUAAAGUGUUAACUUAAAAAAAUAGUAGUAUUUAUUGUAAAAUUUAAUAAAGAAUUUAAAAUUAAAAUUAGUGUGUGUAAAAAUUGUGUAAAAAAGUCAUAAACUUAAAGUGCAUACAAUUUGCAAAAUAAUCAGAAAAGUUUUAUAAAUUUCAAAAAUUAUUUUUUACAAAAGUGUAAAAUAACUCAAUGAAAACGGAGUUGUUGGAUUUUCAUGGCAUGGAUCUCAAUAUGGAUAUACUACCGAGCGGGAAUAUAUUCAGCGAAUUGGAGCACGUCUGCACCACUGGCUAUUUCUCAUCACAACCAUCUAUUGAGGAUCAAUGGCAACAGACUUGGUACGAACUGGAGCGGUAUCUGCGCGAUGAACCUAAGUUGCAGUCAUACAAGAAGAUUCAUGAGCUCGACACAGCAUGGGAUCUGCUAUCGGCCCCAGCGCGUAUCUUCGAGGAACUUAAAAUCAAAGAACAAAACCUCGACUCAGUUUCCACAACGUCUUCAGUGUCCUCGACAUGUUCCGGCAUGUCAUGGGAUAGCAGCGGCUCGCAGGCCCUGAGUUGCUCGGUGGUAGUCAAACAGGAGCGCAUCGAUGACGACGAGGAAGAGCUGCAUUCGGAUAGCUGCGAAGAGAAGUACACCGCCACUGCGUUGGCUACUUCACUGGGCAAUGCCGCUGCCACUUCGCUGGCGUAUUCGCCAUGCGGCUCCGCUUCGAGCACGCCGACGCCGAUCGUUGGCACCAUCAAUUCGGCCCAAAUCGGCACGACUCUAUCGGCGGUGCCGGAGAAGGGUAUCAAAUUGCGUGUAAUCGCUACAAAGGCGCACAAUAAGGGCGCUAACAGUCGUGCUAAUAGCAUUAAUGUGAGCAUCAGCAGUGGCCAUAACAGCAACAAUCAAAGUAGCAACAACAGCAACGGUGGUGGCAGCAGUAGCAGUAGUAGCACAAGCCCGCAGGAUUAUAUGUUGCCGACCUUAACGCCGCCAUCGUCACCCGAAUCGAUACGAACCAGCAUCACAAACAAUACACAGCAACAACAACAGAGGCAGCAGCAACAGAUCGAUGCUAGUACUAUGAGUGCUACCGAACUGGCUACACUUAUACAACAACAACAGCAGCAGCAACAACAACAGCGCAUCGGUCAGUCGCAAUAUUCUGCUGCAACGCCAACUUCUACCGCCAUACUACGCUUCUCCAGCGCCGUUACGACACUGGUCAAUAGCAGUAAGAAUCCUACUCUGACGUCGACUACAGUUCCUCUAUUACAACAGCAACAGCAAAACCUGCAGCCGCAACAACAACAAAAGUCGCACUUGAGCAUACAAACUGCCAGCGCCGGCACAAAUACCGAGCCGCAUCCGCCGUCAGCAGCCCAGUCACAGCCAUCAACAUUGUCUUCGUCGUCAUCCUCGUCUACGGCCCACUCCAACAUUCCGCGCAGCACCAUCGUUCGUCUGACAUCGGCGAAUGGCACAAAGAGUGGAGCCAUUAGUUUGGCGCGUGUCAUACAAAUGCAGAAUAGCGGCAGCGGAAGUGUGGCAGCAGCGAUGUUGAAUGCGUCAGCCACAUCCAAACAGCAACAACAACAAAUGCAACAACAUGUGAUGAAUAUGGCGGUGACAGCAGCGCAAAUCGCCCAACGCGGCACACAGCUGCAAAAUCCGCAAGUAACCACAUUGACCACCAAGACCCACCAGCGACUACACGAUCACAGUCCAGAUGCCAAGCGUCGGAUACACAAAUGCCAAUUUUUGGGUUGCAAAAAAGUCUAUACCAAAAGCUCACAUCUUAAAGCACAUCAAAGAACGCAUACCGGCGAAAAACCGUAUAAAUGCUCCUGGGAGGGAUGUGAAUGGCGCUUCGCACGCAGUGACGAGUUGACGCGUCACUAUCGCAAGCACACGGGCGCCAAACCUUUCAAAUGCCGCAACUGCGAUCGUUGCUUCUCGAGAUCGGACCACUUGGCGUUACAUAUGAAGCGCCACAUGUAAAUAAUAUUUACAACAAUGGAAGUGAAGCAACAACUGAGUAAACAUGACGCAUGAAAGUGAGCUAACUAAAAAUGUAUCAUCAAAAAACAGCAAAAGUGCAAAUGUAUUGAGACUAGCUGAGAAGCAGUACAUAUGUAUAUAGCAGAGUAACUAGGUUAAAGGAAAAAAAGUAUAAAUCAUAAAAAAAGCAUACACACUAAAAUUAGUCGUUGACAAGUAUAAGCAUUAAGAGAAAAACACAAGAGGAAAGAAUAGAUCCUUAUAUGAUAUAAAUAAAAAUAAUGAUAUUGUGCCAUCAACACGCAAAAAAUGCAAAAUUAAAUAGCUUAGAAAUUAAAAAUUAGUUUUAAAAGAAAACGCACACAUACAACACACUGAGAAAUUCAACUAACUAAAUUGCAUUUGACUAAACGCGACGCGCAAGACACACAAAUAAAUUUGUUACGUAAAUUAUGAAGAUUGUUCAUUUUUGUAUCUCACUGUUAAGUUUAGGCUAAUUCUUGAACAAAUAGUAUUUCCCGUUGCUUGUGUGCAUUAAGAAGAAUCAAGUUCAGAUUAGUAAGAAACCUUAUGUUGGCAAUACACAAAGCGAAUAUCAGGUGUGCGACGCCAAUAAUGCUGCUUUAAUUCACGCAUACAAUUAAAUUUAGUAACAACACAAACAAAAACAAAAAUCAAUUAUUUAAGAGCUUAAACAUAAUUUUCGCCUUUUAGUCGUAAUUGUAUUUCGUUUUUAAAUAAAAUAAUAAAUUUUUAUUUGAAAAAAUAUUUAAGUGCUUAAAAGCUCAAUCGCGUAAAGCUCUAUGAAAGCUUUCUUGUAUUGAGCAUACAGAACAAAUGAUGAAUUUUACCAAAGUAAAGCAAUUUUUUAUUAGAACUAUUAUUGUAUUUAUCAUUAUUAUUAAACAUAAUUAUUGUAACUAAAAUUUAUCCUUACUUAGAUUUAUUGUCUUUGUUGCGCUUGGUUUAUAAGUUGAAAGCGCGAAGCAGAACAUAUUUAACUAUUAACUUGGUAUUAUAAAUUAGUGUAUUUAAUUAAAUAAAAUGUACUUUCUUUUAGGUCUUUCGCCGGGUAUUAUUAAAAGCUAACUGUAUAUAGAAGCGUAUCAUAGCGAGUGCAGGGCACGAUCUGUACUAGUAUUGUUCACUGUUUAUAUUUAGGAAAAUGUAAGAAUGCUUUGCACGCUGCUUUAGUUAAUAAGUGGGGGAAGGACUUAAAGAAAAUGGCAAGAGAAAUUAAAACUAUUUGUAUUCGAUCGUUUGGCUGCGAAAAGACUUGAAAGUGUGUGCGAAUUCCGAGAUUGCACUCUUACACAUUUUAAAACCUUUAAGCUCUUAAGCUCAUUUGUUAUUAAGGAAGAGUAUUUCAAGUUCAAUAUUUUAUAGAGACCACCAUUUCCUUUUAUAUACAUAUUACGAAAUAUUCGUAUCUGAAAAAACUUCGUAGAAAGUUCAUAAAAGGAUUAAAAAUGUCAAAAUAAACUAAAAAGCUUUCUACAAUGAGUUAUCAGAUAAAUCAAUUUGCUAACUAACAGGAAAAAGAUAAUGCGCGCAUGUAAAUAUACGAAAGCUCAAUUUACAACGGCAAAUAUCAUAAAAAAAGCUUUAAUCCAGAGAAGCUUCCACAUAGCGCAAGUGAAAGUUCUCUUAAAUCAUUCAUGAAUAUAUGAAGAUGAAAUAGUUUUUCCCCUACUAUAAAAUGAAGAUUAUUUUACGUUUGUACACACUCAAAGCUCUUCUCCGCCACAUUCGAAUAUGAUGUAUUAUCCCAAAGCGUAAGCUUAAGAUAUUUUGUAUAAUUUCCUGUGUGAGUAGCAAAAUCACUGCCAAAAAUUAUAAAAACCUACAUUUAACUGCAUUCAAAUAAUUAUAUAAGCUUAGUAUCGAUGUUUGAUGUUUGAAUGAUAAAAAAAAAUUAAAUAAAAAAUAUGCAUUAAAAAGUUCAAAUUGUAAUAGGCUGAGAUGCGGUAGAUAUAGAAAAGAAAGAAAAAAAAAAACACAAAACAAAAAGAGAAAAACACAUUUGUAUAUUUACCUUUAGUUUACAGAUAUUUUCUUUCGUCUACUUAUUUUAAUGUUCUUGUAACUACAACAAAAAAAGUGCAAAUAUUGUUUAAAACAAAGAAAAGAAAAUGUUAUAAGUGAAUGAUCGAAAAAUUCACAAAAACGUGAAUAUUGUUUCAUAUACGUAACUGUUUAUUUUAGUUAGAUUAAAUUCGAUUUAAAAAGAAAUCUUCAAGAAAUGGCCUUUUCGUAUAAAAUACCUUAAGUUUCGUAAUGCUUACAACUCACUUUUAAGUCUAAAAUAAUAAUUUGUUGCAUAAAAAUUUUAAAUUUUGAAAAAUUGAAAAAAAGAAACGCUGAAAUCGUAUGCUAUUAAAACCUUUUCAAACAGUUAAGAAAACAAGCAAGUGUUCUGCGUAAAAGCUCUGAGGUAACACGAGACGCUUGUAAAAACAGUGUAUGUUCUUAUUUCAAGUUAAGUUCCUCUGGUGUUUAUAUCAGAUAUAUUUACAAAUGUUGCUAGUAGUAUUUUUAUACAACAAAAAAUGUUGCCCAACAUUUAUAAAUCACAAUUUCUUACAGGCGUUACCUACUUUUGAGCGCAAAUAUUUCUAUUAUCACUAUUUUCAAAAGCUCUGCGAACUUAUGCUAUUUAUAAACUUUAGAAAUGUUUUCUAAAGCUCUCGUGUUGCUUCACAAUUCGUUUGCUUUAAAAAUUAUGGUCUGCAAAAUUUACAUUUUUUGUAGCACCAAGAACAAUUUAAACUAAUGUGGCAUAAUUAUAUUAAAAUUAAUAAAAUGAUCAGCGGUUUCCUUCAUUUUUAUCUACUCUACUUAUAUAAAUAAAGAAAACACUGAUAUUAUUUUCUGUUUUUUUUUUCAGAAUUACCCAAUGAAUAUCAUGUGUGA